GUGCUUUUGGUGCUGUCUGCUCUGCAGGCCUGUGCCCUGGACAGCUACAUUGCAGCUGUCUAUGAGCACAGUGUGGUGCUGUCAGAGGACACUGAAGUGCCAGUUUCUCCUGAGGAGGCCUUGAUGCUGAUGGACAAAAAUCUGGCGAUUUUGGAAGUGGCCAUAAAAGAAGCAGCCAAACAGGGUGCCCAUAUCAUUGUAACACCUGAAGAUGGCAUUUAUGGCUGGGUCUUCACAAGAGAAACAGUCUACCCUUAUCUUGAGGAUAUCCCAGACCCACAAGUGGACUGGAUUCCCUGUGCUGAUCCUCAAAGGUUUGCUCCCUCACCUGUGCUAGAAAGACUGAGCUGUCUGGCAAGGAAUAACUCCAUCUAUGUGGUUGCGAAUAUGGGAGACAAGAAGCCAUGUAAUUCCAGUGAUCCAAGGUGCCCAAAUGAUGGUCACUAUCAGUACAAUACCAAUGUUGUCUUUGACUCAGAAGGGAAACUGGUGGCUCGCUAUCACAAGUACAACCUUUUUGUGACAGAGAAACAGUUUAAUUACCCUAAGGAUCCAGAAUUUGUGACUUUCAAUACAUCCUUUGGCUACUUUGGCAUUUUCACUUGUGCAGACAUACUCUACCACGACCCAGCUGUGGUCUUGGCAAGGAGAUUUCAGGUUGACACCAUUUUGUUCCCAACUGCUUGGGUUAACACUCUUCCACUGUUGUCAGCGGCCCAGUUUCACUCAGCCUGGGCGAUGGGAAUGGGUGUCAAUUUUCUUUCAGCAAAUUUGCACAACUCCACUUUAGAUAUGACAGGGAGUGGUAUUUAUGCCCCAGAUGGUCCAAAAGCAUAUUAUUACAAUACAGAAAUGGAAAAUGGUCACCUUUUGGUGACAGAACUGAAUUCACACCCACGUGUCUCUCCUGACUAUCCCGCUGCUGUUAACUGGAAACUGUAUGCCAGCAGGAUCGAACAGCUUCCAUCAAACCACCACUAUUUCAGUGGGACUGUUUACCAUGAUCUCUUCUCCUUCACGGAACUCACUGAACCUGAGGGAAAUUGUGCCAUUUGCCAUCAGGACCUCUGUUGCCAUCUGAGUUACAAGAUGGUAGAGAAGCAGAAAGAUGACAUUUAUGUUCUGGGUGCCUUUGAUGGGCUACAUGUUGUUGAAGGAGAGUAUUAUUUACAGAUAUGCACUCUGCUCAAGUGCAAGAGCACAGAUCCAGAAACAUGCGGGCAGCCGGUGGAGACGGCUCAGACCAGGUUUGAGAUGUUCUCCCUCAGUGGCACGUUUGGCACCAACUAUGUCUUUCCAGAAGUCUUGUACAGCAGGGUGCAGCUGGCGCCCGGGGAGUUCAAGGUGCUAACUGGUGGACGUCUGAUAAGUCGAACUAGUACACCAAAGCCAGUUUUGAGUGUAACACUCUUUGGGAGGUGGUAUGAAAAGGACCCUCCACACACAGAGCAAGCUUCACCAUGA